AUGGAUGUGAGGGAGUCGUGCACCAUAGAGCAAAUGUCUCUGACAUCGUGGCCAGGACAAAUUAAUGAAGAUCCUAAUAUUUCCUAUACAGACCUCCGCAAUGUAUUCUCAUAUGGUUUUGAGCUUUCAUGGUUCUACUAUACACGUUGUGUCAGUUUAAACUGCAGAUACAAUGAUUGUUACCUCGGUGACGAUAAUCAAGCUCAUUGCGUCGACCAACGGGGAUGGGGAUUUAAAUAUUUCUUACGACGUCUUCAGGGAAAUGUAGUUUUUAUUGGAUUUGGGCUCAUCGGAUGGUAUGUGGCCGCAAUCCAUGCACUAGGCACUCUAUUUGUGAUUGCAUUUUUGAUAUAUAAAUGGCGAAGGAGGCACUUAUCCGUGUACAACGCUGUUGAAGAAUUUCUACAAAGCCAAAAUAACCUCGUGCCAAUAAAUUACUCCUUCUCAGAAAUUAAGAAGAUGACCAAAGGUUUUAGGGAAAAAUUGGGUGAAGGAGGAUAUGGCACAGUAUUUAAAGGAACACUUCGAAGUGGAUGUUUGGUGGCAGUAAAAAUGUUAGGCCAGUCGAAAACAAAUGGGCAAGAUUUUAUCAAUGAAGUGGCAACUAUUGGAAGGAUUCAUCAUGUUAACGUGGUACAACUCAUUGGUUAUUGCGUUCAUGGAUCAAAGCGUGCUCUUGUAUAUGACUUCAUGCCCAAAGGAUCUCUAGAUAAAUACAUUUUUUCUUCGGAUGAAAGUAUCUUCCUAGAUACUAAGAAAACAUAUAAUAUUGCUCUAGGAGUGGCUCGUGGGAUUGAGUAUUUACAUCGAGGAUGUGACAUGCAAAUUUUGCAUUUCGAUAUCAAACCUCACAACAUCCUUCUUGAUGAAAAUUUUAUCCCUAAGGUUUCUGAUUUUGGCUUAGCAAAAUUGUACCCGAUAAAAGACAAUACUAUUUGUUUGACUGCUGUGAGAGGGACAUUGGGAUACAUGGCUCCUGAAUUAUUCUACAAAAACAUUGGAGGUAUUUCAUACAAGGCUGAUAUUUAUAGUUUUGGAAUGAUGUUGAUGGAAAUGGUGGGCAAAAGAAAGAACUUGAAUGCUUUUGCAGAACAUUCAAGCCAGAUUUACUUUCCUACCUGGGUGUACGAUCAAUUCAACGAUGGAAAAGAUAUUGAAAUAGAUUGUGCCACUGAAGAGGAAAAGCAGAUUGUUAAUAAGAUGAUCAUUGUCGCAUUAUGGUGUAUACAAAUGAAUCCUAGUAAUCGUCCUUCCAUGAACAAAGUUGUAGAAAUGCUUGAAGGAGAAGUUGAACACUUACAAAUACCAUCCAAGGCUCCCUUAUCAUCGCCAGAGAGAGUGAUAAAAGAUUGUGAAGAUAAUUCAAGUCAAACUUCUUCAUCAACUUCUUAAAAGAAAAGUUAGCAUCCAUGUUUUGAUGGGGAUCAUGCGGACAACUAUACUCUUCUCCUAUUUGAACGUAAUAUAUAGAAGGUACUUCCUAUUUAAUAAAUCGAGUCUCAUUUUGAGAAAGUUAGGAUGCUAUUCUUCAAUUUGUAUCAGAUAUUUCUUUCACUUUCGUAUAUUAGAUUGGACUAUAUUUGGCA